AUGGAUGGUAAAAGUAGCAGCCCGGAGUCAGAUUCCGAUCGCAAAUACAGUAAUUCCAAGGAAUUUUCGUUCUUUGGGCAGAAGAAAACUAUCGUUCUCCACAGCGGGAAAGGAUCAGACUUGCUUCUACCAAUUUGCAAUGCUCUGUUGUUGAAAGGCGAUGUUCUUGAGGAUGAGUUUCUAGGGAAUUGGGAACUGCUCGAAUUUCUAAGGGAGAAGAUGGAAAGUGUGUUUCCUGCACCAUCAAGGAGAAGCUUGAGUCUUGCACUUUCCAAAACUGGCGAUCUUGAGGAUUGCCGACCUGAGCCACUAUGGAACAAAGUGGAUUCGUUCAAGAAAAAUGACUGCUUUGAGAUUCUUAAAGUCUUGGAGCUUCCAAUCUACCAUGGAUGGAUUGUCGAUGAUCAGAACGCAGAAGAGAUUUCUUGUGAGGACUUAGGAGCAAAAGUUGAGCUGAGUGAAAUGGAGAAGGAAAUGUUUGAAUCAAGAGGCAAGGAAACCGAUUAUGGGCUUUCCAUUUUGAAAGAGACUCUGAAAGAGCAGGAAGUCUGUGUCUUUGUGCGUGAUAAUGUUUUCCACACAGCUACGAAGCACGAAGACGAGAUAUAUGUUCUUAUCACCGAGAGGGGUCUCAAUAGAGAUGGUUUCUUGUGGAAAAAGGUAGUAGGGGGUGAAAUGGUCGGAGAAGACUUCCAAGAAGAGACAGAGGUCGAUGAAGAUAUAGAGCCAGAAGCAGGAGGUACAGAGAUGGUGAAUGAUGAUGAAGAAGAGGUGGUGAACGAUGAAGAUAUAGAGGCAGAAGCAGGAGAUUUAGAUGCAGGAGAUUUAGAAAUUGCUCAGCAGGAGGAAGAAGCAGAGAUGGUGAAUGAGGUGUCAACAGAAUCCGAUUCUUCAAUGGAGACCCACGCAGGUGGUAUACACUCUCCAAAUUCCACCUUAGACGACCCCAAUUCAUCAUCUUCAACCUCAGACUCAUAG